UGGAGCAUAUUUUCCCCACCGUGGUCCAUCUGGGUGCAGUGUCCGCUAGCGGCCAUAUGUAAUCUAGCCUCAUUCAUUCAGUCCCCAGCCCGACUAGGUUUGGUUUAUUCCGCGUUAGAGAGCUUGUUCCGCGGGGGAAGCAGCUCGUCGUGGUCCCGGAGGUGCUCGGUGCUCGGGUCUCAGUUGAGGGUGUGAGUCCGUCUCAGCUGGCGGUGACAGCACGAUGAUCGAGCGGCCAGAGACUGCGGUUCCCAGCAUCGCUCAGCGGAACUUGGAGGGUUACGUGGGUUUCGCCAAUCUCCCCAACCAGGUGUAUCGGAAGUCGGUCAAAAGAGGGUUCGAGUUCACGUUAAUGGUUGUUGGUGAGUCUGGUCUUGGGAAAUCAACACUCAUCAACUCUCUAUUCCUGACUGACUUGUAUUCCAAGGACUACCCUGGUCCCUCCCAGCGCAUCAAGAAGACUGUGCAGGUGGAGCAGUCCAAGGUGUUGAUCAAAGAAGGAGGAGUCCAGCUGACCCUCACGAUCGUGGACACACCAGGGUUUGGAGAUGCAGUUGACAACAGCAACUGCUGGCAGCCCGUCAUCAACUACAUCGACAGCAAGUGCGAGGACUUUCUAAAUGCUGAGUCUAGGGUGAACCGCAGGUCCAUGCCAGACAACAGAGUCCACUGUUGCUUGUAUUUCAUCGCCCCCUCCGGACAUGGCCUUAAGCCGUUGGAUAUCGAAUUUAUGAAGAGACUCCAUGACAAAGUGAAUGUCAUCCCUCUCAUUGCAAAGGCUGACACUCUGACCCCUGAGGAAUGCCAGCUGUUUAAAAAACAGAUAAUGAAAGAGAUACAGGAACAUAAAAUAAAAAUUUACGAGUUCCCAGACACAGAGGACGAUGAGGACAACAAGCUCAUCCGAAAGAUCAAGGAGAAGAUGCCACUGGCAGUGGUUGGCAGCAACGUGGUGGUUGAGGUGAAUGGAAAGAAGGUCAGAGGUCGGCAGUACCCAUGGGGCGUGGCAGAAGUGGAGAACGGCGAACACUGCGACUUCACCGUCCUGCGCAACAUGCUUAUUCGUACCCAUAUGCAGGACCUGAAGGACGUCACCAACAACGUCCACUACGAGAAUUAUCGCAGUAAGAAACUUGCUGCUGUCACCUGUAACGGAGUGGACACCACUAAGACGAAGGGACAACUCACCAAGAGUCCCCUGGCUCAGAUGGAGGAGGAGCGCAGGGAACAUGUGAUGAAGAUGAAGAAGAUGGAGGCAGAGAUGGAGCAGGUCUUCGAGAUGAAGGUUAAGGAGAAGAAGCAGAAACUGAAGGAUUCGGAGGCGGAGCUGGAGCGACGCCAUGAACAGAUGAAGCGGAACUUGGAGGCGCAGUACAAAGAGUUGGAAGAAAAGAGGAGAGUGUUUGAAGACGAGAAGGUGAACUGGGAGGCUCAGCAGAGAAUUCUGGAGCAGCAGAAACUGGAUGCCUCCAAGACGAUGGAGAAGAACAAGAAGAAAGGGAAAAUCUUUUGAAGUUUGAGACCUUUGCUUCACUUAUAAAUAAACUCCUUAUUUGCCCUCACCUCAUCUGAAGGUCACACGCGUGGUCUUCAGAGCGCAUACAGCCAGAAAUAACAUUCAGCAUGUCAUAACAAAGCUACCCAUAACACAGGACUCACACUCGCCUCCAUGCAGGGGUUUACUGUAACUGUUGAGAGCUUUCGGUUUUCACGGGGGACGCAUGCGUUUGUGAAAUUGUGUUUUAUAUAUUCUGACAAAGAGGAAAAGCCAAGUUCCUCUGAGCUGAGUUCACACAUAGCGGGGACCAUGCAUAGCCAUUUGUACUCAUGUAGUAGGUGUAGGUUCUCCAGCUGUCCAUAGAUCUAGCUGACCAACUGUUUCUUUUAAGUUUUGACGAGCAUAACUAGAGGGGUCUCCAUGCACGGACCUCUUCCUGUGUGAGUCGGGGAGAAAAGGAAAUCUGGUGGAAUUGAGAGCCCAGAUAGUCAUUUCAUAACCACUUUGUGUCAUCAUCAAAUACAUCUUUUAAUUAGAGGUUCCUUCACUUUAAAAGUGUUUUUGAAUAACUACAUUUUGUUUCUGGCAUUAAGUAAAUGAUGUGUUUGCAUACAAAGUUGUCUUGUUGGCAGAAGGCAACUUUGGCUUGAAAAAAACGUAGCUGUGCAGUUGGGAAGUUUGCUAAUCGAACUUGUUGCAUCAGCAAAUGCAGCUUUUCAUGCAAAACACCUGCUCUUGAGAAAUGUAUACAUUUUGAGUCAAACGUAGAAAACGCAUCUGACCCAACAAAUCCUUUCCUUUCACCAAAUACACCUUUUGAAUUAACAAUGUCUCCUGUUGUGAAAUAUUUCCAAUAAAACAAGACAUUUGUAAGUCUUUUGUUUUGUUGUCUGCUGCUGUCAGCUUUUAUGUCCAGCAGAGGAGAUUACAGUUAACACUUAGGACAGAAUUUACUGUGCAGUGGCCGUUUAUUUUUGGUUUGUUUUGUUGUUGUUUUUUUGGCUAAAGAUGGACUGAUCAGUAACUUAAAGACUAAAGCCAGAGGGUACAUUGUGUGUAACUGCUGCCAAGAUAUUCUCAUUAAAAUGUGUGGUUCCCUUAAAGCCUCAAAGCCUGUAUGAAAACUUUACAAGUUACAGUAACAAGAAAAUAUAAGGUGUUUUAUAUUGUGGUGUAGUGGUGGGUGUUGUCAGAUUUGAACCCAGGUUUCCUGCUUUUUUGUUUUUUUUGUUGUUUUUUAUAUGAGGCAUUUUCCCUUUUGAUAUGAGAAAUUCAUCAGGAGGCUUACGUUUUCCAUGAACUUUUUUCUUUUUGACGUUUUUUUGAGAAGUUGACCCUUCAGCCACAGCGUAGUCGUGGUUACGUAACAAUCCAAUCCAAGAACACACAUUUCUAUUGAUGUGUCUUUAAGGAUCAAGUUGGUGUGGUAGAACCUUAACAUUCCUUCCUGAGAGUUGUAACAUUUUAUUUUCAUAUGACGAGGAUAUUAAUGAUACUCUGUACGGUUAAAGAAUGACCCUUAAAAUCCCUUGUUCUUUUUCUUUUGUUUUUAAGCUUUGUGAAUCUCAUUUUAGGUAAAAUUGUUUGGUUUUUUUCUCAUCGCCUGCUGUCUUCAUGAUAGAUUUAUGGGAAAAUAUAAAAGGGACGAACUUUGAACCUUCAGCUCUUAAACAAUUACCUGUAAGGGUCUGGUCAUAAUGGGCAUGCAUAUAUUAUGUACAUAACCGGGGCCGCUUACAAGCAUUUUUGUGUUUAAUUUUGUGGGGGGGUUUUUUCUUCCUUUUUACGAUGCAUUUCAUAAAGUACUCAGAACAGAACCUCCUGCAUAACUAAUUUUAAGAUCCCAUGAAACAAACCCGAGCAUUUAUACUAACACUUAUAUACUCUACAUCUAUGCCAAUGAGUGCACCUCCUCAGGACUGCUCUGUUGCUCUGCAUUUAAUCUGAAAACGGUGACUUUGUUGUCCUACAAGGUCAAAAGAAAUGCUUGUAACCACUCACCCUUCCAAAAGUGCAACAUAAG